UUGUUAGUAUUGUCGGGAUUAAUCUACCAGUAUAACGAGGGUUACUUUAUCACAGUUUACUCCUUAAAUAGCGGUUUUACGUGUAAUGUUACGAUUUUAGCCUUUUUAUUUUGAGAAAUUGGGGUGGCCUCCUUUCCUUAUACGUCUUUUCCUAAAGUGCCGCCAUUAAAGCCCUCCUUAAACCUUUUCUUCUUUCAUUCAAAACAACACACUUUCUCUCUUCAACUCACAACUUCACCGCCGCAAAACCCGCCUUUCACCGCCGUCUCCCACCCACCUUCUCUCUUCGCACCGCCUCUUUGUCAACAGUCAAAGAUUAAUUGAUGGGUUCGUCUAAUAUUAAAGACAUUUUGACUUGUUUUAGCCCUUCUCUUGAUUUCUUUGCUGUUACUUCUGGUGAUGGCCGUAUUAAGAUUUGGGAUACAUUGAAAGGGCAGCUUCAGACUGAAUUUUCUGAUAUCGUAUCGUCCGAGGAGACGAAUUUGCUUACAAAGCCGGAGAAUAGAGGACACCUUUCCAUUGAUUACACUUGUAUGAAGUGGGUGACCUUUGAAAAGAAGAAGAAAAGGAAGCUAGAUACUUCAUUUUUAGUGUUGGGUACUGGCAGUGGUGAUGUACUGGCAUUGGAUGUUUCCGCCGGUCAAUUGAAGUGGAAAAUCAAUGAUUGUCAUCCUGGAGGAGUUACUGCUAUCGCAUUUGCUUCUCGGCGUUCUUGCUUGUACACUUCUGGAGCUGAUGGAAUGGUGUGCGAGCUUGAUCCAACUACUGGAAACUUGUUGAGAAAUUUUAAAGCUUCAACUAAGGCAGUGUCCAGUUUGAGUGUUUCACCAGAUGGGAAGACAAUAGUCACUGCAGCUUCUCAAAUGAAGAUAUUUGGUUCAGAUCAUAAAAAGAUUCAGAAGUUUACUGGUCAUCCUGGUGCUGUCCGUUGUAUGACCUUGAGUAAGGAUGGAAAAUAUGUCUUCUCUUCUGCUGUUGGGGAGAGAUAUGUUGCAGUCUGGCAAGUAGAUGGAAGCAAGAAGCAGUCUGCAAGUUGUGCUCUGGCAAUGGAACACCCUUCUGUUUACCUUGACUGUAGGUACGAUGAUGCAGAUGGAGCAGGUUUUUAUGUUUUGGCCAUUUCAGAGGUGGGUGUGUGCUACUUCUGGUGUGGAAAAGCUAUCGAGGAGUUACGGAAGGCAAAACCCGCGAGGAUUUCUUUUUCUGUUGAGGAUACCUAUGACAAAAACAAUAAAGGUGUUUCAGCUGCCAUAUAUGCUGCAAAUAUCCAAAGCACAGCCGACCCUACCGCAAUUUCAAUAUUUCUUGCUCAUGGUUUCUUGAUCAAGCCAUCGUUCGAGAAAAUUAUGGUUCAUCACGGGGAAGAUUUACAGUUAAAUACCACUAGAAAUGGGUUGCUUUUGCCAUUAAGCCAGUCUCGUAAAACUAAGAAACAGAUGGAUCUACAAACUGGAGCAACAACACUAGAUCGUGCCAAUGCCGAAGGAGCUCUGCUUCCUGUACCAAAGGUUCUUGAUCAUUACAGAAUAAAGCAAGAUCAAUCAUUCAAACUUGACAAUAGCCAAGCAGUAUCAACUGUCACUAAAGCCAAUUUUGAUGUUCCAGGAGUUGAUGCUACAGCUUGCCCUAUGGAGAAUAGACUUAAAACUCUGGGUAUAAUUAGUGAUUUGGAUGUUCCUACAGCCAAAUCAACAAGAGCUUCUAGCUUACUAAAGGAAAUCGAUAUUGGAACUACUGUACCUCCAAAGAAGAUGAGGGCAGCAAUCUUGUCCAUGCAACCUAGUGAUGCAUCCAAGAUAUUGAAUGUUUUUGUUGACAUGUGGCAGUCGAGGUCCUGCAGUGGAAAGUAUGUUCUUCCAUGGAUUUAUAAUACAUUGGUGCAUCAUGGUCAUCACAUUUUGUCUCAGGAACCGGAGAAUGCUACAAUUGCUUCUUUAUAUAAGAUUGCUAAAUCAAAAGGGUCAGCUACUCAGUCUUUGUUGCAGUUAUCUGGCCGUUUACAGCUUGUGACUGCACAGAUUGAUAAGGCUACGCAAUUGAAGACUCAGCCCUCGCUACCUGAAAAUGAGAUGAUAGAAAGUGAAGAUGAAGAGGAAGAUGAAAAUGUUGAUGAAGUUAUGUUUGGAGAAGAAGAUGAUGAAUCCGCAAGUAGUAGUGAAGAAAAUAAUGAUUAAGUGAUGAGCUCAAUGCUAUGUUAUUGUCAGCAACUACCUGAUACUUUACAAUCUAUGUUCAUUCAUGAUGAGAUGAUCUGGUUUUCCUCCAUCUGGUUACCAUCUUCUGCAAAAAUCCUGGGAAAUGUCAGCAAAGCAGUAUGUCUCUUUCUUGCCAUAACUGCACAAUUUUGUGUCCAAUGUUUUAUGAAAUUUUGUUCACUCAAUGUGUAAAAAUAUUGGUAGAUUAUUAUUUAAUAUAUAUAUCUCCUCUAUUCCAUUUUC